ACACACAGUCGAUUCGCCCAUUUGAGGAACUCAUUGAACGCACAACAGUCAUGUCUCGCAAGUCAGGAAGAAAGAAGCGUUACAGUGGGGGUGGAAAGGCAUCGGUGAGGUCGCGGGGCUCGAUGUCUCAAAAUGAUAACCGGUGUGAUAGCAAAACAUGCGAUGCGAUACUGGUCGCAAGAUCCCAAGGUGAGAGCGAGGACGAAAUGAAGAGGGGCGCUAAAGAUGCACUUGGACAAGCACUGCAAGAGGAGGAACUUCACCUUAAGGAAAUGAGGGGUGAGUUUUUCGUUCCUAAUGACCGCGGUCUCGGCCUUGCCGGUUUACCAGCGCUCCUCCGGGCAGUUGAAGAGAGGUUCAUUUCCGUGCAAGAGGAGAUCGUCACAAUGCGCAGAGAGAUGGUUUCCCGAGAACAGACAUUCACCAAUGAGAUUACGGAACUGAGGGUUCUAUCGCACGGCUACCUCCUAGUCCGAGAUCGGUUCAUCGCCACCUUUAGGAGGGACAAACUCAAUCGUCGUAAUCGCCGAGACACCAAAGUCAUUGCGAAAGGAAACAUAACUGCACAUGGCGGCGAUGCCACCGUUGAUGCCACGCUCUAUAGCAUCCCAGGAGGACCGGUUAGGAGACAGGAUGCAGGCACCUUUGUGCAGCUUUAUGGGUUGCACCCUCAUCUUGUAUCUGAAAUUAGUGAGUAAUAUCCACUAUUCUAAUAAAUCCUUUGCCUAACACGCUCAGAACACCAACCGACGAUUGCGGUCCUCAACACUCAUGCCGGGGUAAUUGCAUCAGGGCUCAAAAAGGGCAGUCCAGAAUUCUAUAACUCAUUUAACCGGUUCAUCACAAGCCUGAAAUUUUCAGAAUAUGACCAAAGGUAUUUGGAUAAUGGAGAACAUCCAGAUUUGACCUCCGCAUACUGGGCAUUUGUAAAAUGUCCUAAAUAUGAUGAUGAUAAAGUUCCUGCAGUUGUGGGUUGAGUAUGUUAGUAUGCGUUUGUACUUGGAUCGCUGUAGGUUGUUUGCAUGGAACAGGUUAAGGUAAAACUUGUGAGGAUAGAGGGGCUGAGGUAAUGGGAAUUUGUUUGAAGGUUAUCUGGUGUAGCUCAAUGUUUACUGUAAGGUAAAAACAGCAACUACAGUCUGUGAUGACGGACCCAAUCCCAAUUCUACCCUCAGGGUGAAAGAUGCAAAUUAUUUCUGUGCCCUACUGUAGUUUACAGACAUCAAAGAUAUUGCAGGACGCUUUUCGGCCUGGAGUAAAAUUGCCUCUCCCAACCUCCCCAGGAGGCCGACGCAGCAAAGAGAUGGGAAAUCCUCUGCAAUCUUUCAAUACCCAUAA